AUGGCCCAGCCAACAUCCUUUGACAUCCUCUCCCUGCCCGUCGAGCUGCAGUGCCUCAGCAUCAGCUUCCUCGACCCCGCUACCCUCGUCUCCCUCAGCCAGGCAGACACCUACUUCCGCCGUCUCAUCCAGCCGGGACGCCAUGAGAUCGUCCAGCGCCUAUUACAGCUCGAGUGCACAGAAGAGCAUGGAGGCGGCCUGACCGACCCUCUCAAUCCCCCCUCGUGGAUCCGUCUUGCCUCCAAGUCGAUGCGGGGGCGCUGGGCCUGCACCGGCUGCCUUCGCCUCCUCCCUCAUGCCUCCUUUGACAAUCACAGCCUCCUGCGUCUUGGCUACAGGAAACCUGUUGCUGGUUCCUCCGCCGCCGACCCCAUCACCGACUGGGGCGCUCCCCGGAAGCGUUGGGGACGACGAUUCCACCAGCCCAAGGAGUCAGAGCAGCCACUCCAAGAUGGUGAUGCCGAGCGCUGGGGGAGCAAACGCCAUCUCCGCAAGUGCAACGAGUGCCGCUUCCAGAACAGAGAGCUGGGCAAGGCCAACUCCCGCGAGAGAGGCACCCCUGCCGUCCCCAUCCAGCCCAGCAGGGGCCUCGCCUUCGCCUCGUCACGAGACCGCUUCUUCCCCGGACUCGCAGAGCAUGUGGGGCUUGGACCCCUCUCCGACAUCGUCGCCGGCUCCAGCCGCUCCCAGCAGUUCUGGCCCACGCGCAUGAUUCGCUGCCCCGGGUGCACCCAGUGGCAGGAGAUGCGCUCGUUCCGCCUCGGCACCAAGAACUCGCGGUGGGUGCCCAUCUAUGCCGACGGGGAGCCCGAUUUCUGCGCCUGGAACUGGGACGACACCAAGCUGACCAGGUCGGUCAUGGACGAGCUCCGGUGCAACUCUUGCUUCGUCGACGAGCAUGGCGUCGAUGCCCUGGCCAGAGUUCUCUCCGGCUGGGCCAAGAAGCUAAUGAGAUCCGAGGUGUCCUCGGCCGAGUUUGCCCUCUUCAGCGGCUGGGAGGCUGUCCGGUCGAAUCUCAAGCACAUUCCUCCCGACUACCAGCCCCAGUUCGAGGAGAUCUUGCGCAAGCACGAGCCCAGCAUCCCGGGUCCCAUCAAUGCCAAGACCCUCCCAGUGUACAAGUCUGCCCACGAUGAGCUUCGCAGCGCGUGGGAUUACAUGGCAGCCAAGGAGGAGGGUUCUUUCUCGAGCUUUGAUGGGCACGGAUUCGACCAGUGGCUGCACCACUACCAUGUGUACGAAGCAAGAUGGGAAUUGAUGACGAAGCUUCAUGCUGUUGUUGUGAGACAGCCGGAAGUGCUCGCUGCCUGGGCGUUGAGUUGA